AUGAGAUCAUUUUUGUGCUGUUCUUUGCUCGUUUUGUUCUCUUUGACUCAAGCGGAUCGAUGUCCGGCCGGUUCAAUCGAUUAUGGUGAUGGAGCUGAAUGCGUUCUGCCAAUCAAUUCUAACUCGCAAUUUCCCGUCGCUCAACAAAUCUGCAACCUCAUCGGUGGGCAGGUGAUUCAAAUCCAAAACUACUUCGAGAAUGUGCUCGCGUCUUCGCAGAUUCAACAAAUGCUUGGUGGAGCCCCAUCGUACAUUGGAGUAGUGAAGAACUCCAGCGGAGCGUGGACCUACGCAGAUGGGAGCCCGUUAAUCUAUAUGAACUGGAAAGCUGGUCACCCGCUCGACAAUGCGACUUGCGCCGUUUUGAAUGGACAAGAUUUCUCGUGGUACUCCGCGCAAUGCACCGACACGAAUCCCUUCAUUUGCACAUUCCCCGAUCAGAGAUGCCCUAGCGGCUGGGUGUUGAAUUCACAACUCAAGAGCUGCUACUUGUUCUCGCAAACCGAUCUUGCUAAUCCAUUGAUUUACAAUUACACCGGGGCAGAGAUGAUUUGUCAAUACAUGGGCGGACAUCUCACAUCGAUUCAUUCGUCUGACGAGGAGGCUUUUUUGAGAAGCUCGAUCAAGACAAACUGGACGGGCAUCGAUUGUGGUCUUCUCCAAGCGGUGAUCGGAUUGAAAUGCAGCAGUUACAACUACUAUUGGAGUGAUGGAACCGCUUUCAACUUUGAUCUCACUGAGGGACACUGCAACUACGUUUGGGGAAUUCAAAACGACAAAAACUGUCCGGACUACAAGAAAACUUGGGACUACUGGGAUAGUGCCCACCAAUUCUUGCGCUUCAUCUGCAAGCAACCAAUCAACGACAGUCAGACAAGAAAGAUCGCAUUGUUGGCAAAAUUGGGGAAAUCGAUUCAAAAGCAUAAU